CAGGUACCAUGGCGGAGGGGCAGGUGAUCGGCGAAGUGCCUUCGGCCUCUGACAGUAAAUCAGAUAAAACCUCCAAGGUCGCCGCAGAGUCCCUAGACUCCGGGGACUACGACAGCAACUGCUUGUUCUGUCGGAUUGCGAGGCAACAGGAGACCAGCACCGAACUCCUGCCCUGUGAGAAUGAAGACCUUGUUUGCUUCAAAGAUAUAAAACCAGCAGCACCUCAUCAUUAUCUUGUAGUGCCAAAGAAGCAUAUUAGAAAUUGCAAUGAUCUAAAGAGAGAACAAAUAGAAUUGGUGGAAAACAUGGUAACUGUUGGAAAGACCAUUCUUAAAAAUAACAAUUUCACUGACUUUUCAAAUAUGAGGAUGGGUUUCCAUGUGCCACCAUUCUGUUCCAUUUCCCACUUGCACCUUCAUGUUCUGGCACCAGUCAGUCAGUUUGGCUUCUUAUCCAAGUUGGUUUAUAGAAUAAAUUCCUAUUGGUUUAUCACAGAAAUAAAAUCUUUGCUUUCACUUUUUGGAGGUCAGUUCAUCAGCAGUCAUGAAACUUAUGGGAAGUCACCAUUUUGGAUUCUUAGUCUUCCCUCUGAAGAUAUUGCAAGAAACUUAAUGAAACGGACAGUGUGUGCCAAGUCUAUAUUUGAACUAUGGGGUCAUGGAAGAUCUCCUGAGGAGUUGUAUAGUUCUCUUAAAAAUUACCCUGUGGAGAAGAUGGUUCCAUUUCUGCAUUCAGACUCUACAUAUAAAAUAAAGAUUCACACAUUUAAUAAAACAUUGACACAAGAAGAAAAAGUCAAACGAAUAGAUGCACUUGAAUUUCUGCCCUUUGAAGGAAAAGUGAACUUAAAGAAACCACAACAUAUAUUCUCUAUUUUGGAGGAUUAUGGUUUGGACCCUAAUUGCAUCCCUGAGAAUCCAUAUAAUAUUUAUUUUGGUAGAUGGAUUGCAGAUGGACAGAGAGAGCUAAUUGAGUCAUAUAGUGUCAAAAAGAGACACUUUAUUGGAAAUACAAGCAUGGAUGCUGGUUUAUCAUUCAUCAUGGCAAACCAUGGAAAAGUGAAAGAAAAUGAUAUUGUCUUUGAUCCAUUUGUUGGAACAGGUGGCCUCCUGAUAGCAUCUGCUCAUUUUGGUGCAUAUGUAUAUGGGACAGACAUAGACUAUAAUACAGUUCAUGGCUUGGGAAAGGCUAGUCGGAAAAACCAGAAAUGGAGAGGACCAGAUGAAAAUAUCAGAGCCAAUCUUCGUCAGUAUGGUCUAGAGAAAUAUUACCUUGAUGUACUGGUUUCAGAUGCAUCUAAACCUUCCUGGAGGAAGGGCACAUAUUUUGAUGCCAUUAUCACUGACCCUCCAUAUGGUAUCAGAGAAUCUACAAGAAGAACAGGUUCACAGAAAGAAAUACCAAGGGGGAUAGAGAAGUGUCCAGAAAGCCAUGUUCCUGUUUCCUUGAGUUAUCACUUGAGUGAUAUGUUUUUUGACCUGUUGAACUUUGCAGCUGAGACCCUCGUAUUAGGUGGAAGACUAGUCUAUUGGUUACCAGUGUAUACACCAGAGUACACUGAAGAGAUGGUACCCUGGCACCCUUGCCUGAAACUCAUCAGCAACUGUGAGCAGAAGCUUUCUAGUCACACAUCAAGGCGCUUGAUCACAAUGGAAAAGGUGAAGAAAUUCGAGAACCGGGACCAGUAUUCACAUCUGCUAAGUGAUCAUUUUCUGCCAUAUCAAGGUCAUAAUUCCUUCCGUGAUAAAUAUUUCAGUGGAGUAACAAAAAGAAUUAUUAAGGAAGAAAAAUCCAACCAGGAAUGAAAAUUAAGAUUCUGACAAUGAAGAAAGAUUAAAUAUUUGACAGAAAAGACAUUUGGAAGUGAACUUUCGUGUACAAUCCAGAAAACAUGUACUAUUUUAAGGUGGUUAUUAUUAUUUUGUAUAAAAAUGCUUUGAAGUAAAUCAAGCAGUUUAAAAAUUGUCUUUGUAUUUUAGACUAGUCUGUUUUAUGAGGUCUUUUGAACCUUAUUUGACUUGUAUUUGUACUUUCAAGUACUAAUGGAGAUUGACUCAACAGUUAUAGUUUUUUACAGUUAAUUUACAAAGAAAAUUAAUAUUGUUGAAUUUUUUAAACAUAUUUGCCAGAUAUGUUAUAGGCAAUUAAUAGUGCUUAAGAUUUAUUCAUUUGGAAAAUCUGUUUAGUUUGGUUUUUAAUUGUAAUUGAUUUACAUUGCUCCAAUAAACUGUAUU